AUGGUCCAGGAGGCAUCGUCACAGAGCAGCCUCUCCCAGCGAGGAAACUGGGCCCUACUGAAGGAAGAGAAGGAAGCCAAGCGGGCUCGUCUGGAUGGGAGACAUGACUACUUAUUUGGGAUUGUAGCUUCCUGUGUGGACCUAAACAAAACUGAAGUGGAGGAUGCCAUCCUUGAGGGGAAUCAGAUUGAAAGAAUCGAUCAGCUUUUUGCUGCUGGAGGUCUUCGUCACCUCAUGUUUUACUAUCAGGAGGUGGAGGUAGUGGAAACAGGGCAACUUGGCUCUCCAGGAGGAGUAAAUUCUGUCUCUGGAAAGAUGAAAAAACCCAAGGUGUUCGUGACCGAGGGAAAAGAUGUUGCUCUUACUGGGGUGUGUGUGUUCUUCAUCAGGACCAACCCUGCCACAGCUAUCACCCCUGAGAACAUCCAUCGGGAGGUGAGCUUCAAUAUGCUUGACACUGCAGACGGGGGUCUGCUCAACAGCAUGAGACGUUUGCUGUCUGACAUCUUCAUUCCCGCUCUCAAAGCCACGAGCCAUGGCUGGAGAGAGCUCGAGGGCCUUCCGGAAGCCUCCAGCCUUCAGCAGGAGUUCCUGGGCUCCCUGGAAGGCUUCGUGAGCAUCCUGGCCAGUGCACAGGAGAGUCUGAAGGAGAAGGUGAACCUUCAAAAGUGUGACAUAUUUGAACAGAAAACCUUGAAGGAACCCAUAGACUUCUUGGCUCUAGCUAAUAACCCUGAGACUAUGGAAAAAAUAGAAGGUUGUAUGAAAGUAUGGAUCAAACAAACAGAACAGGUCCUUGCUGAAAACAACCAGCUGCGGAAGGAGGCGGAUGACCUUGGGCCUCGAGCAGAGUUGGAGUACUGGAAAAAAAGACUGUCUAAAUUUAACUACCUUUUGGAUCAAUUGAAGAGCCCAGAUGUGAAGGCUGUAUUGGCAGUGCUUGCUGCUGCCAAGUCGAAACUUCUGAAGACAUGGCGGGAGACAGAUAUUCGGAUCACGGAUGCAGCUAAUGAAGCGAAGGACAAUGUCAAGUAUCUGUAUACACUGGAGAAGUGCUGUGACCCCUUGUACAGCAGUGACCCUAUAUCCAUGAUUGAUGCUAUUCCUACUCUUGUAAAUGCAAUUAAAAUGAUCUACGGUAUCUCUCAUUACUAUAACACCUCUGAGAAGAUCACGUCUCUGUUUGUAAAGGUGACCAAUCAGAUGAUAUCUGCAUGUAAAGCCUAUAUUACCAACAAUGGAACUGCCUCGAUCUGGAGCCAGCCACAGGAUGUUGUUGUGGAAAAAAUACUAUCUGCAAUUAAACUUAAGCAGGAAUACCAGCACUGCUUUCACAAGACAAAGCAAAAGCUUAAACAAGAUCCAAGUGAAAAACAAUUUGAAUUCAGUGAGAUGUAUAUUUUUGGGAAAUUUGAAACUUUCCACAGACGUCUUGCCAAGAUAAUGGAUAUCUUUGCAACCUUCAAGACAUACUCAGUCCUGCAAGAUUCUAAAAUUGAAGGGCUGGAAAACAUGAUCACUAAAUACCAGGGUAUUGUUGCUACCAUAAAGAAAAAGGAGUAUAAUUUCUUAGACCAGCGGAAAAUGGAGUUUGAGCAGGAUUAUGAAGAGUUUUGCAAGCAGGUUAAUGACCUUCAUAAAGAGUUACAGAAGUUCAUGGAUGUUACAUUUGAAAAAAUUCAAAACACAAAUCAAGCUCUAAGUAUGUUAAAGAGAUUUGAAAGAUUGAACAUACCUAAUCUUGGUAUUGAUGACAAAUACCAGCGUAUCCUUGAAAACUACGGGGCUGACAUUGAUAUGAUCUCGAAGCUGUAUACAAAGCAGAAAAAUGACCCACCUUUGGCUCGAGACCAGCCUCCCAUUGCUGGGAAGAUUCUGUGGGCCCGGCAGCUCUUCCACAGGAUUCAGCAACCGAUGCAGCUUUUCCAGAAGCACCCAUCCGUGCUCCGGACUGCGGAAGCGAAGCCAGUGAUUCGCAGUUACAACAGGGUGGCCAAGGUCCUCCUGGAGUUUGAGGUUCUCUACCACAGGGCGUGGCUUCAGCAAACUGAAGAAAUUCACGUAGGACUUGAGGCUUCUUUACUGGUGAAGGCUCCAGGCACAGGGGAACUGUUCGUAAACUUUGAUCCUCAGAUAUUAACCUUAUUUAGAGAAACAGAGUGCAUGUCACAGAUGGGUCUACAAGUUUCACCGUUUGCAGCUGCUCUUUUCCAGAAACGAGACACAUACAAGAAGAACUUCAGUAACAUGAAGAUGAUGCUGGCUGAAUAUCAGAGGGUGAAGUCAAAAAUGCCUCCCAUUAUAGAGCAACUGAUGGUCCCUCAUUUGGCGAAAGUGGAUGAAGCUCUCCAGCCUGGCCUGGCUGCACUGACGUGGACAUCACUGAACAUUGAGAUGUACUUGAAAAAUGCUUUUGCAAAGAUCAGGAACCUGGAGUUGCUGCUUGACAGGGUCAAUGAUUUGGUCGAGUUCCGCAUUGAUGCCAUCCUGGAAGAAAUGAGCAGCACUCCUCUUUGUCAGCUCCCUGGAGAAGAGCCGCUUACCUGUGAAGAGUUUCUCCAGAUGACAAAGGACCUUUGUGUAAAUGGUGCUCAGAUACUACACUUUAAAAGCUCUUUAGUGGAGGAAGCAGUCAAUGAGCUGAUAAAUAUGUUGCUGGAUGUGGAAGUUCCAUCUAAGGAAGAAAGAGAGAAAGUAUUCAAUGUGAAUAGUGAUGAUUGGAAAAAUGAAAGUUCAGCAAAAGGAGAAGAAGAAAAUUCUGAUACCUUGACUUCUUCCCUUAAUGCCGGGGCAGGCCUCUUGCCUUUGAUGACAGUCUCAAGAAAGAAGAAAGAGAUCGAGGCGUUAGAGGAAGGAGCCCGAGAGUUGCUCUCUCACUUCAAUCACCAAAACAUGGAUGCUCUUCUGAAAGUCACAAGGAACACGCUAGAGGCCAUCCGCAGGCGCAUUCAAUUCUGCAACAUGACGAGCUUCUGGGACAGUAACAGUGCCUCUAAAGUGAAGCAGAACGGACUGCCCAUUUUCCGGGCAAGCGUCAUUCUGGCCAUCCCCAACAUCAGCAUGGCCCCAGCCCUUGAAGACAUACAGCAGACUCUGAACAAAGCCGUGGAGUUCAUCGUCACUGUCAGCAAGGGGGUUAGACAGUGGAGUGGUGAGCCAGCGUCCAAGAAAAAGAUGCAGGAAAGAAAACUGACUGCCCUGCAGCAUAAUGAAGACAGUGAUUCUGAUACUGAAAUGGGAGAAAACGAAUCUCAAGAUACCCUUGAGAUAGCAUCUGUGAACUUACCCAUUCCCGUGCAAACCAGGAACUAUUAUAAGAAUGUUUCUGACAACAAAGAGAUUGUAAAAUUAGUCUCUGUGCUUAGCACAAUCAUCAACUCCACCAAAAAGGAAGUUAUUACGUCUAUGGACUGCUUCAAACGCUAUGAUCACAUUUGGCAAAAGGAGAAAGAAGAAACUAUUAUGACGUUUAUUAUAAAAAACCCCUCACUUUCUGAAUUUGAAUCCCAGAUUCUCUACUUCCAAAAACUAGAGCAAGAAAUUAAUGCUGAGCCUGAGUAUAUCUGUGUGGGUGCCAUUGCUCUGUAUACAGCCGAUCUGAAGUUCACCUUGACUGCUGAGACGAAGGCCUGGAUGGUUGUCAUCGGCCGUCACUGUAACCAAAAAUACAGAAGUGAAAUGGAAAGCAUUUUUACACUUGUUGAAGAAUUCAAUAAGAAACUGAAUCGCCCCAUUAAAGACCUAGAUGAUAUUCGAAUUGCCAUGGCGGCACUGAAGGAAAUUAGGGAGCAGCAAAUCCCCAUUGACUUUCAAGUGGGACCCGUCGAGGAAUCCUAUACCCUGCUUAACAAAUAUGGGCUUCUGAUAGCAAAAGAAGAGAUGGACAAAGUGGAUACCCUGCGUUACUCUUGGGAGAAGCUUCUGGCACGUGCCAGCGAAGUUCAGAAUGAACUAGUCUCACUACAACCUGGUUUCAGGAAAGAGCUUAUUGGUACCGUGGAGGUUUUCCUCCAAGACUGUCACCAGUUCUAUCAGGACUAUGAUGUGAAUGGUCCAAUGGCUAGUGGCCUGAAACCCCAGGAAGCCAGUGAUAGACUUACCAUGUUUCAGAAUCAAUUUGAUAAUAUCUAUCGGAAAUACAUCACCUAUACUGGGGGAGAGGAGCUUUUUGGUCUGCCGGUCACGCAGUAUCCUAAGCUUCUCGAAAUCAAGAAGCAACUAAAUCUUCUUCAGAAAAUAUAUACUCUGUACAACAAUGUCAUAGACACUGUAAAUAGCUAUCAUGAUAUCCUGUGGUCAGAAGUAAAUAUUGAAAAAAUCAACAGUGGACUUUUAGAGUUCCAGAACAGGUGUCGGAAGCUGCCUCGAGCCCUGAAGGACUGGCAGGCUUUUCUGGAUCUGAAGAAGACCAUUGAUGACUUUAGUGAGUGUUGCCCACUGCUGGAGCACAUGGCCAGUAAGGCCAUGAUGGAACGGCACUGGGAAAGGAUAAUGACUGUCACUGGGCACAGUCUGGAUGUGGGGAAUGAAACUUUCAAGUUAAGAAAUAUCAUGGAAGCACCUCUUUUGAAAUACAAGGAGGAAAUAGAGGACAUCUGUAUCUGUGCCGUGAAAGAGAGGGACAUUGAACAAAAGCUGAAGCAAGUGAUUAACGAAUGGGACAACAAGACAUUCACAUUUGGCAGCUUUAAAACCCGCGGAGAGCUCCUCCUGAGAGGAGACAGUACGUCAGAAAUCAUCGCCAACAUGGAAGACAGCUUGAUGUUACUGGGUUCCCUCCUGAGCAACAGGUACAAUAUGCCAUUCAAAGCCCAGAUUCAAACGUGGGUACAACACCUUUCCAACUCAGCAGACAUAAUUGAGAGCUGGAUGAUGGUGCAAAACUUGUGGGUCUACCUAGAAGCCGUCUUCGUGGGAGGAGACAUUGCCAAGCAACUUCCCAAGGAAGCCAAGCGCUUUUCCAAUAUCGAUAAAUCCUGGGUGAAGAUCAUGACUCGGGCACAUGAGAUGCCUAACGUGGUUCAGUGCUGCGUUGGUGAUGAGACCAUGGGGCAGCUGUUACCACACUUGCUGGACCAGUUGGAAAUCUGCCAGAAAUCCCUUACGGGAUACUUGGAGAAAAAGCGACUUUGCUUUCCCCGGUUCUUCUUCGUCUCGGACCCUGCUCUCCUGGAGAUUCUGGGUCAGGCAUCAGACCCGCAUACGAUACAAGCCCAUUUACUGAAUGUGUUCGACAACAUUAAGACUGUCAAGUUCCAUGAAAAGAUCUAUGAUCGCAUUCUGUCAAUUUCCUCUCGAGAGGGCGAGACAGUUGAAUUGCAUAAACCCGUGAUGGCAGAGGGCAAUGUGGAAGUUUGGCUUAAUUCUCUCCUGGAGGAAUCUCAGGCCUCAUUACAUCUUGUGAUUCGCCAGGCAGCAGCAAAUAUUCAAGAAACAGGUUUCCAACUGAUUGAAUUUCUUUCUUCCUUCCCUGCUCAGGUUGGAUUAUUAGGAAUUCAAAUGAUAUGGACACGGGAUUCAGAAGAGGCCCUUAGAAAUGCCAAGUUUGAUAAAAAAAUCAUGCAGAAAACCAAUCAGUCUUUCCUGGAGCUACUGAACACAUUGAUAGACGUGACAACCAAGGACCUGAGCUCCGUGGAGCGAGUUAAAUAUGAGACUCUGAUUACUAUUCAUGUGCACCAACGAGAUAUCUUUGAUGACCUGUGUCACAUGCAUAUCAAGAGCCCUUCGGACUUUGAGUGGCUGAAACAGUGCAGAUUUUAUUUUAACGAAGAUUCUGACAAGAUGAUGGUUCACAUCACGGACGUGCCCUUCAUCUACCAGAAUGAAUUUCUAGGCUGCACUGACAGGCUUGUCAUAACACCGCUCACAGACAGGUGUUACAUCACAUUGGCUCAAGCUCUGGGCAUGAGCAUGGGGGGUGCCCCUGCUGGUCCUGCGGGAACAGGAAAAACAGAAACGACCAAAGAUAUGGGACGGUGUCUUGGGAAAUAUGUCGUGGUUUUCAACUGUUCGGAUCAGAUGGAUUUCCGAGGACUUGGACGGAUUUUUAAAGGACUGGCACUGUCUGGAUCCUGGGGUUGUUUUGAUGAAUUUAACCGUAUCGAUCUACCAGUUCUCUCUGUUGCAGCCCAGCAGAUUUCUAUUAUUCUGACAUGUAAAAAGGAGCAUAAAAAAUCUUUUAUUUUUACUGAUGGAGAUAAUGUAACUAUGAACCCUGAAUUUGGGCUUUUUCUAACCAUGAAUCCUGGCUACGCUGGGCGGCAGGAACUCCCCGAAAACUUGAAGAUUAACUUCCGCUCCGUGGCCAUGAUGGUCCCUGACCGGCAGAUUAUCAUCAGGGUGAAGCUGGCCAGUUGUGGCUUUAUUGACAAUAUUGUUUUGGCCAGGAAGUUUUUCACGCUCUAUAAGUUGUGUGAGGAGCAGCUUUCUAAGCAGGUACAUUAUGACUUCGGUCUGCGUAAUAUUCUGUCAGUUCUGCGAACCCUGGGAGCAGCCAAGAGAGCCAGCCCCGCGGAUACGGAGUCCACGAUCGUCAUGCGUGUGCUGCGAGAUAUGAAUCUUUCCAAACUGAUUGAUGAAGAUGAACCUUUAUUUUUGAGUUUGAUUGAAGAUCUCUUCCCAAAUAUUCUUCUGGACAAGGCGGGUUACCCUGAACUGGAAAUGGCAAUUAGUAGACAGGUUGAAGAAGCUGGCUUAAUCAACCAUCCUCCUUGGAAACUGAAAGUCAUCCAGCUCUUUGAAACACAGAGAGUGCGGCAUGGAAUGAUGACCCUAGGGCCAAGUGGAGCAGGGAAGACCACCUGCAUCCGCACCCUGAUGAAAGCCAUGACUGAUUGUGGAAAACCACACCGGGAAAUGAGGAUGAAUCCUAAAGCAAUUACAGCCCCACAGAUGUUCGGUCGGCUUGAUGUGGCGACGAAUGAUUGGACCGAUGGGAUAUUUUCUACUCUUUGGAGGAAAACACUGAGGGCUAAGAAAGGGGAGCAUAUCUGGAUAGUUCUUGAUGGUCCAGUAGACGCCAUCUGGAUUGAAAAUCUGAAUUCCGUUUUGGAUGAUAACAAAACACUAACCCUUGCCAAUGGCGAUCGGAUUCCCAUGGCUCCAAACUGCAAGAUUGUUUUUGAACCUCAUAAUAUUGACAACGCUUCGCCUGCUACUGUCUCAAGAAAUGGGAUGGUUUUCAUGAGUUCUUCUGUCCUUGAUUGGAGCCCUAUUCUUGAGGGUUUUCUUAAAAAACGUUCCCCUCAAGAAGCUGAAAUUCUUCGUCAGCUGUACACCAAGUCAUUUCCAGAACUGUAUCGCUUCAGUAUUCAGAACUUAGAGCAUCAGAUGGAGAUGCUGGAGGCCUUUGUGGUCCUGCAAAGCAUCAACAUGCUCCAGGGCCUCAUCCCUCCCAAGGAGCAAGGCGGGGAGGUCACGGCGGAGCACCUGGGAAGACUGUAUGUCUUCUCGCUGAUGUGGAGCGUAGGGGCGGUGCUGGAACCGGACGGCCGGCGCCGCAUGGAGCAGUGGCUGCGCUCCCGGGAGAUGCUGGCCCUGGACCUGCCACCCUUCGCGGGGCCUGACGACUCCAUGUUUGACUAUUACGUUGGGUCCGAUGGCAAAUGGAUGCACUGGAACACGUGUACUGAGGAAUAUGUCUAUCCAUCUAACACCACCCCAGAAUAUGGCUCCAUCCUGGUGCCAAAUGUUGACAACGUGAGAACCGACUUCUUAAUUAAAACCAUUGCUAAACAGGGCAAGGCCGUGCUGUUAAUUGGCGAACAAGGAACAGCCAAGACAGUCAUAAUCAAAGGAUUUAUGUCGAAAUAUGAUCCUGAAAACCACGUGAUCAAGAGUCUAAACUUUUCUUCUGCUACCACCCCACUGAUGUUUCAGAGGACGAUAGAGAGCUAUGUGGAUAAACGCAUGGGCACCACAUAUGGCCCUCCAGCAGGAAAGAAGAUGACUGUCUUCAUUGAUGAUGUGAAUAUGCCAAUAAUCAAUGAAUGGGGAGACCAGGUUACUAACGAGAUAGUACGACAGCUGCUGGAACAGAAUGGAUUUUAUAAUCUAGAGAAGCCUGGGGAGUUUACCAGCAUUGUGGACAUCCAGUUUUUAGCAGCUAUGAUCCAUCCUGGGGGCGGACGCAAUGAUAUACCGCAGCGACUCAAGAGGCAGUUCUCGAUAUUUAACUGCACGCUACCCUCUGAUGCUUCUGUGGACAAGAUCUUUGGUGUGAUUGGGGUAGGAUAUUACUGUACCCAGAGGGGUUUCUCAGAAGAAGUGAGAGAUUGGGUGACGAAGUUGGUGCCCCUGACACGCCGGCUAUGGCAAAUGACUAAGAUUAAAAUGCUUCCGACCCCUGCAAAAUUCCAUUACAUUUUUAACCUUCGAGAUCUUUCUAGGAUCUGGCAGGGAAUGCUGAACACUACUCCAGAGGUUAUCAAGGAACCAGACGAACUGUUAAGGCUGUGGAAGCAUGAGUGUAAACGUGUUAUUGCUGAUCGUUUCACGGGAUCUGAUGAUGUGACCUGGUUUGAUAUGACUUUAGUCAGCUUGGUGGAGGAGGAGUUUGGUGAAGAGAAAAAAUUCUUGGUGGAUUGCGGAACUGACACUUACUUUGUGGAUUUCUUGAGGGAUGCACCUGAAGCUACAGGUGAAACAUCUGAGGAGGCUGAUGCUGAGAUGCCCAAAAUUUAUGAGCCUGUUGAAUCUUUUGAUCACCUGAAGGAGCGUUUGAAUAUGUUCCUGCAGCUCUAUAAUGAGAGCAUCCGUGGUGCAGGUGUGGACUUGGUGUUCUUUGCAGAUGCCAUGGUCCACUUGGUCAAGAUCUCACGUGUCAUUCGUACUCCCCGGGGAAAUGCCCUCCUGGUUGGGGUGGGCGGAUCAGGGAAGCAGAGCUUAACAAGGUUGGCUUCAUUCAUCGCUGGCUAUACUUCCUUCCAGAUCACUCUGACAAGAUCCUACAACACAUCAAAUCUGAUGGAAGACCUGAAGACAUUGUAUAGAACAGCUGGUCAGCAAGGCAAAGGCAUCACUUUUAUUUUCACAGACAAUGAAAUUAAAGAUGAGUCAUUUUUGGAAUAUAUGAAUAAUGUUUUAUCAUCGGGUGAGGUCUCCAACCUCUUUGCUCGUGAUGAAAUUGAUGAAAUUAAUAGUGAUCUCAUAUCAGUCAUGAGAAAAGAGUAUCCUAGGCGCCCUCCUACGAAUGAAAACCUGUAUGACUACUUCAUGAGCCGGGUCCGACAGAACCUUCACGUUGUUCUCUGCUUUUCGCCGGUGGGGGAGAAAUUUCGAAAUCGAGCUCUGAAGUUUCCUGCCCUUAUUUCAGGAUGCACUAUUGACUGGUUCAGCCGAUGGCCCAAGGAUGCCUUGGUUGCUGUGUCGGAACACUUCCUCUCUGCCUAUGAUAUUGACUGCAGUUUGGAAACCAAGAAGGAAGUCAUUCAGUGCAUGGGCUCCUUCCAGGAUGGGGUAGCUGAGAAGUGUGUUGAUUAUUUCCAGAGAUUCCGACGUUCUACCCAUGUGACACCCAAAUCGUACCUCUCCUUUAUUCAGGGCUAUAAGUUCAUAUAUGGAGAGAAGCAUGCGGAGGUGCAAACUCUGGCCGACAGAAUGAAUACUGGAUUGGAAAAGCUAAAAGAAGCUUCAGAGUCUGUUGCAGCUCUGAGCAGAGAACUGGAAGUGAAAGAAAAGGAGCUCCAAGUGGCCAAUGAUAAAGCCGACAUGGUCUUAAAAGAAGUGACAAUGAAAGCACAGGCUGCUGAAAAGGUCAAAGCUGAGGUCCAGAAGGUGAAGGACAAAGCCCAGGCCAUUGUCGACAGCAUCUCUAAAGAUAAAGCUAUUGCUGAGGAAAAACUGGAAGCAGCAAAGCCAGCAUUAGAAGAAGCAGAAGCAGCCUUGCAGACCAUCAAGCCUUCCGACAUCGCUACUGUCCGCACGCUAGGCCGACCCCCUCAUCUCAUCAUGAGGAUCAUGGACUGUGUGCUGCUGCUGUUUCAGAGGAAAGUCAAUGCAGUGAAAAUUGACCUGGAGAAAAGCUGCACAGUUCCUUCCUGGCAGGAAUCUUUAAAACUGAUGACGGCAGGAAACUUUCUACAGAAUUUGCAGCAAUUCCCGAAAGACACAAUCAAUGAAGAAGUAAUAGAAUUUUUGAAUCCUUACUUCGAAAUGGCAGACUACAACAUUGAAACCGCUAAACGAGUGUGUGGGAAUGUAGCGGGACUUUGUUCCUGGACCAAGGCCAUGGCUUCCUUCUUUUCCAUAAACAGAGAGGUGUUGCCUCUAAAGGCCAACCUGGCGGUGCAGGAGAACCGCUACGUGUUGGCCAUGCAGGAUCUGCAGAAGGCCCAGGCCGAGCUGGAUGACAAGCAAGCCGAGCUGGACGUGGUGCAGGCUGAGUACGAGCAGGCCAUGACCGAAAAGCAGACCUUGCUUGAAGAUGCAGAGAGGUGCAGACAUAAGAUGCAGGCUGCUUCGGCACUGAUUGGAGGCUUGGCAGGAGAAAAAGAAAGAUGGACAGAGCAAAGUAAAGAGUUUGCUGCACAAACUAAAAGACUUGUAGGGGAUGUGUUGUUGGCUACAGCUUUUCUAUCUUAUUCUGGUCCCUUUAAUCAAGAAUUUCGCAAUCUGCUGUUAAAUGACUGGCAGAAGGAAAUGAAAGCCCGGGAAAUUCCAUUUGGAGACAAUCUAAACCUCAAUGAGAUGUUGAUUGAUGCUCCUACCAUUAGUGAGUGGAACCUCCAAGGCCUGCCCAAUGAUGACCUGUCUGUUCAGAAUGGAAUUAUUGUCACAAAAGCAUCUCGCUAUCCUUUGCUAAUUGACCCACAGACUCAAGGCAAGAUCUGGAUUAAAAAUAAAGAAAACCGGAAUGAACUCCAGAUCACAUCUCUAAAUCACAAGUACUUCAGAAACCACCUGGAGGACAGUCUUUCUCUCGGAAGACCCUUGCUUAUCGAAGAUGUUGGAGAGGAACUAGAUCCAGCCCUGGAUAAUGUUUUGGAGAGAAACUUCAUUAAGACUGGGUCUACCUUUAAGGUGAAAGUCGGUGACAAAGAGAUAGAUGUGAUGGAUGGCUUCAGACUCUACAUCACGACCAAGCUGCCCAAUCCAGCCUAUACCCCUGAAAUAAGUGCUCGGACCUCCAUCAUCGACUUCACAGUCACUAUGAAAGGUCUAGAGGACCAGUUACUGGGGAGAGUCAUUCUCACAGAGAAGCAGGAAUUGGAGAAAGAAAGAACUCAUCUCAUGGAAGAUGUAACUGCAAACAAAAGGAAGAUGAAGGAGCUGGAAGAUAAUUUGCUUUACCGUCUGACCAGCACCCAGGGGUCCCUGGUGGAAGACGAGAGUCUCAUCCUUGUGUUGAGUAAGACAAAAAAGACAGCUGAGGAGGUGACACAGAAGCUGGAAAUUUCAGCUGAGACAGAAAUUCAAAUUAACUCAGCCCGGGAGGAAUAUAGACCCGUUGCCACCCGGGGUAGCAUCCUCUACUUUCUCAUCACGGAGAUGCGCUUGGUUAAUGAGAUGUAUCAGACUUCGCUCCGCCAAUUUCUUGGCUUGUUUGACCUUUCCUUGGCCAGGUCUGUCAAGAGCCCAAUUACAAGCAAGAGGAUCGCUAAUAUCAUUGAGCACAUGACCUACGAGGUUUUUAAGUACACAGCCCGGGGGUUGUAUGAGGAGCACAAAUUCCUGUUCACGCUGCUGCUUACCCUGAAGAUUGACAUCCAGAGGAACCAAGUCAAGCAUGAAGAGUUUCUCACGCUUAUUAAAGGUGGUGCCUCCUUGGACUUGAAAGCCUGUCCUCCUAAACCAUCUAAAUGGAUCCUGGACAUGACCUGGCUAAAUUUGGUGGAACUCAGCAAACUUAGACAGUUUUCUGAUGUCCUUGAUCAGAUAUCAAGAAAUGAGAAAACGUGGAAAAUUUGGUUUGAUAAGGAAAACCCUGAGGAGGAACCCCUUCCAAACGCCUAUGAUAAAUCUCUUGAUUGCUUUCGACGUCUUCUCCUUAUUAGAUCCUGGUGUCCCGACAGAACCAUUGCCCAGGCCCGUAAAUACAUCAUGGACUCCAUGGGACAAAAGUAUGCAGAAGCUGUUAUCCUGGACUUGGAAAGGACGUGGGAGGAAUCUGACCCUCGGACACCGCUCAUCUGUCUCCUGUCUAUGGGCUCAGACCCCACAGACUCCAUCAUCGCCUUGGGGAAGAGACUAAAAAUAGAAACGCGCUACGUGUCCAUGGGACAGGGCCAGGAGAUCCAUGCUCGCAAGCUCCUGCAGCAGACCAUGGCGAACGGAGGAUGGGCCCUUCUGCAGAACUGCCAUCUGGGACUGGAUUUCAUGGAUGAGCUAAUGGAUAUAAUUAUAGAAACCGAGUUUGUACAUGACUCGUUCCGCCUGUGGAUGACAACCGAGGUUCACAAGCAGUUUCCCAUCACCCUCCUUCAGAUGUCCAUCAAAUUUGCCAAUGAGCCCCCUCAGGGCCUCCGGGCAGGACUGAAAAGAACAUACGGUGGGGUGAGCCAGGACCUGCUGGAUGUGAGCGCUGUGGCCCAGUGGAAGCCCAUGCUGUAUGCCGUGGCUUUCCUGCACUCAACGGUCCAGGAGAGGCGCAAGUUUGGGCCCCUGGGUUGGAACAUCCCCUACGAAUUUAACCAAGCCGAUUUUAAUGCCACAGUGCAGUUCAUCCAGAACCACUUAGAUGACAUGGAUCUCAAAAAGGGUGUCUCCUGGACCACCGUCCGCUACAUGAUAGGAGAGAUUCAGUAUGGAGGCAGGGUCACCGAUGACUAUGACAAGAGACUGUUGAACACACUUGCUAAAGUUUGGUUCAGUGAAAAUAUGUUUGGACCGGAUUUCAGCUUUUACCAAGGCUACACUAUUCCAAAAUGCAGCACAGUGGAUAACUAUCUUCAGUAUAUCCAGAGCUUGCCCACCUACGACAGUCCCGAGGUGUUUGGGCUGCACCCCAACGCCGACAUCACCUACCAGAGCAAGCUGGCCAAGGACGUGCUGGACACCAUCCUGGGCAUCCAGCCCAAAGACAGCUCUGGCGGAGGGGAUGAGACCCGGGAGGCCGUGGUGGCCCGGCUGGCUGAUGACAUGCUGGAGAAGCUGCCCCCGGACUAUGGUCCUUUUGAAGUGAAGGAGAGGCUGCAGAUGAUGGGGCCAUUCCAGCCAAUGAACAUUUUCCUCAGACAGGAGAUAGACAGGAUGCAGAGGGUACUCACCCUGGUCCGAAGCACCCUGACCGAGCUGAAACUUGCCAUUGAUGGCACCAUCAUCAUGAGCGAAAAUCUACGAGAUGCUCUGAAUUGCAUGUUUGAUGCCAGGAUUCCUGCUCAUUGGAAGAAAGCAUCUUGGGUUUCAAGUACCUUGGGUUUCUGGUUUACUGAACUUAUUGAAAGAAGCUGCCAAUUUACCUCUUGGGUUUUCAAUGACCGACCUCACUGCUUCUGGAUGACAGGCUUUUUUAACCCUCAAGGAUUUUUAACUGCAAUGCGACAGGAAAUAACUCGGGCCAACAAAGGCUGGGCUCUGGACAAUAUGGUGCUUUGCAACGAAGUCACCAAGUGGAUGAAGGAUGACAUUUCUGCCCCUCCCACAGAGGGUGUCUAUGUCUACGGCUUGUAUCUUGAAGGUGCUGGCUGGGACAGGAGGAAUAUGAAACUUACCGAGUCCAAACCCAAAGUGCUCUUUGAGUUAAUGCCUGUUGUAAGGAUUUAUGCUGAAAAUAACGCUGUGAGAGAUCCUCGGUUAUACUCUUGUCCCAUCUACAAGAAGCCGGUCCGAACAGACCUGAACUACAUCGCUGCUGUAGACCUCAGGACGGCCCAGGCCCCCGAACACUGGGUGCUGCGUGGAGUUGCCCUUCUCUGCGAUGUCAAGUAAUGUGGGGCAUGUCCCUCACCAAGUAAACGCAGGAUCCAGAGUAUCACAAACUCUGUUCUUCCGUAUGGACGUUGUGUACAUCAGGUUGAUUGUACGGUGUGCGAACUGCUUCGGUGUUCCCUGCUCCUUCGCUGGAUGCUUGCUUAUAUUUAGUCUGUUUCACCAUCAAUGACCAAUCACUGUGUGUUUUGAAAAGCUAUUUGGUGAUUUAGAAGUAAGGUUUAUAAUUUUCUAAUCAAGCUUGGCCCUCAAAUCCAGAGUAAUACGUUUUCUUCUUUCAAUGUCAAAGACUGACUUGGGUAAAUAGGUGGCGUUAGUAUUUCCCUGGAAGGGAUUAUUCUUCUGUUAAUGUGGUUCUGGUGACAGCUCAGUUCUCUAAGGUAACAUGACAAGUUUGUGCUAAUUCUGUUUCUGUUGCCUUUUGCAUUUAGGUCAGGUAGGAGAUUUGUUUUCAUGACUGAAGUUGCCAGUUAAACAGAUCUAAAAAAUGGAAGGAAAUAGAAUGAUGGUUAAGAAUGUGAAUAGAUGAAUAGACAAUGCAUGUAAUCCUGUAGAAUAAACAUAUGGAAUAGUGUUCAACUCCACUGAUAAUUACUGAAGAGCGACACUUACCUUACACUUAUUAUAAUUAAAAAAAAAUUAAUUUUGGGGAGGUCUUUGUAAAAGUGAUACAUUCAGACUCCUUGAACAAUAGAAACCAACCCAUUCUUUUUGUAAAAUGAUUAAAUAACUAAGCACAGAAGGAAUCAUAAAAACAUUCACAUGCUUUGACCCUUAUUUUCUCUCCUAGAAACCUACUGAGGAAACAAUUUGAAAGACUGGAAAAAAUGGUAUAUAAAAAUGUAUUUAAUAGCAUAAAAAUAAUAAAUGCCCCCAAAGGCAAAAAAUAAGUCUAUGCUUAAGGAGAUUAGAGGGUAUUAGACAACCGUGAAAAACAAUAAUGAAGAUUUCAUAAUGUAGAAAUGGUGAGCACAGGCUGUUACGUGAAAGAGAGUUAGCAAAAUAUUGAGUAUUAUAACUAAAAUGUAUUUGGUGUGGACAAAAGUUAGAAGAUAAUGUGGAAAAAUAAAAACAGGGAUGUUUGAAUGGUAAAGGUUCCAGUUGACUUGAAAAAAAUGUAAUGAUUGGAAGAAACAAUAGGAAAAGGAUAAAAGUCUUAGUGGGUGAAAAAUUCACAUGAUCUUUUAUUAAUUAGGAAAAUACUAUAUAAGGGGCUUCUCACAUGUUUUUACUUUAAAUCAUGACUACAAAUUAUACACUGUUUCAUCUAUAACCUGUUUACUUGGGGACGUGGUCAGUGCUAAGGUAGAAUUGCAGCCUAGAAUUGGUUAACUUCAGAAAUGCAUUGCUUCAGGUUUCUGGUGAUGAAGGGUUUUAUAGGGAGGAAAGAUUACAAGGAGACCAGUAUGGGUCCCUCUCACUAGGACUUGCUCUGUGAUGAGUAUCAUUUUAUUUUAAUUAUAAUGAGAAUUAGACCUGAGUGGUUCAUGUGACACCUACCCAUUUUAGAGAAUGCUAUUUUCAUUUGAGCAGCUUCUUUUGGUCUGAAUUAAUAUAUCAGUUGAUUUGUGUGAAUUGCGGUAAAACCAUCAUUUUAUUUUGAAGAAUAAAUAAUGAAAAUGUGGAAAUAAUGCAGAUGAAUAAAAUCCAUUAAUGAA